UAUCUUGGGCCGAGUGUUUGUCCAGCCUGCCCGCCUGGCUGGGUCUCAGCCCGUCCUCCCUUCUCUUUCUGGAGAGCUGCUGGAGGCAAUCGGAAGGUGGCAGGUGCUUGGGACACUUGCUUGGGGUCCUGAGCAGGUUUGUCUACUGAAGGGCCUGUACAGAAGAAACCACUCUGCUGAGUUUCUGUCCCAGCGGGUCACUGUUGCUGGGACAUUCCAGCCUCUGGGACGGUCUGGGGAGGUGUCCCAGCACCACGCGGCUGCUGGGAGCGUACUUGCAAGACGUUUUCUGAAGCUUUUGCUACAGGUGGAGAAGUUCUUGUGAUCAGCAAACAUGCUGAGACAGAUACUGUCAGAUAUGUUCAUAGACCCCGACCUGCUGGCAGAGCUCAGCGAAGAGCAGAAACAGAUCUUGUUCUACAAGAUGAGGGAGGAACAGAUCCGACGGUGGAAAGAAAGAGAAGCAGCCAUGGAAAGAAAGGAGUCCUUGCCAGUGAAACCCAGACCAAAGAAAGAGAAUGGCAAAUCUGUGCAUUGGAAGCUGGGUGCUGAUAAGCAGGUGUGGGUUUGGGUGAUGGGCGAACACCAUCUAGACAAACCCUACGACGUGCUGUGUGAUGAGAUCCUUGCUGAGAGGGCGCAUCUGAGAGCACUGCAGGACUCAGAGCUCAGGAAAGCUCAGGCUGCAGAAUCCGCCAAUAGCUUGGGAACUAAGUCACAGAGCUGUGGUCAGCAAGCACUAACAAAGCUGGGGCCUCAGAAUGUCACCCGGAAGGCAGCUGCAGAGGAGGGGCCAGGGCAAGGACCCAGAGCAACACCAACCAAGAAUGAAGACAGAGCCCAUACUAAAGAACCCGUGAAGAAAAAAGAAGACGAAGAGGUGAAACAAACAGAGGAUGAGAAAACCAAGCAGAUAUACAAGAACUGGAAGGAGGAUUCCGAAUGGCAGGCGUCCCUGCGAAAAUCCAAGGCAGCUGAUGAGAAGCGACGCUCCUUAGCUAAGCAAGCACGGGAAGACUACAAGAGGCUAUCCCAAAGAGGCAGGAGCGGAGACGGGCUGCUGAACCCUCUGGCUGGUCCACAGAAGCCCAGAAGACCUCCUCUUCCCCCGAAGCCCCAGUUCCUGCACCCUCCGAAGUCCUUAGGGAAUCAGGGAGUGGUAAGCACAGAGUCCAGCUCCACCCAGGAGGACAUCAUCCAAUGGUUCAGAGAGGAGCAGCUGCCAUUUCGUGCCGGUUACCAGAAAAACACCGACACCAUUGCUCCCUGGUUCCAUGGGAUUCUCACACUAAAGAAAGCAAAUGAACUUCUGAGCACAGGUGUGCCGGGAAGUUUUCUGAUCCGAGUCAGUGAAAAGAUCAAGGGCUAUGCCCUGUCCUACCUGUCUGAGGAGGGCUGCAAACACUUCCUCAUAGACGCCUCUGCCAACUCUUACAGCUUCCUGGGUGUGGACCAGCUGCAGCACGCCACCCUGGCAGAUUUGGUGGAAUAUCACAAGGAAGAGCCCAUAACUUCCCUGGGGAAGGAACUCCUGAUGUACCCCUGUGGUCAGCAAGACAAGCUACCUGACUACCUGGAGCUCUUUGAGUGACAGCUCUCGUCAAGAUCAGCCUUCAGCCAGGUUUUCCUCUGGACAGACACCUUUGAGGUGGACAGCUGCCCGUGAUGCCAAAAUCACUCUGUGAGAAGCCAACAGUGAACAAUGCCUGUGAGGUCUGAACUGAAACCUCGAGUCUGCAUGAACGCUGAAGUUCAAGUCAAGGGGAUGUGACCUCUCCCCAUCCUCAUUCUGAAAGGAAAAGGGAGAAGCGUACCCAUUUCAACAACAUCCUACUAUGAAGCAUAGGACCUUGAAGGAUAUGACCAUCAUGUUGUAUAUAAGAUAAAAUAACAAGGGUAAAUUGAAGUGUUUUUAGCAGUUAAUAUGUUACUCUUUAAAAAAACAAAAGAGUGAACUGUUUAUGAUCUACAUGCUCCCUCUUUUGUAUUCCAUCAAAGGUCUCAGUUACCUACUUAUAUGAACUUCCAUCCUGGCUUUAGAGUGCUGGAAAAAACAUCUUCUCUCUCUGGGCUGAGAGUACACUCAAAAGACAACCAUUUCUGUAUGUGCUGGAGCCAGGAUUUAGGAGACAGAAAAGCAAGUCCCAAUUGGGAAUUAAAAGAGAAGUUUUAACACCUGGGAUGAGAGACUUACCAUGUACAAAACAACAACAAUGGAAAACAACACACAUGGUAACAGUAGGGAACCACAUUUUAUAGCUUGUUCCUCAUUUUUCUUUGCCUCCCUUACCUUUAUCUGUGAGUAAAAGAUGCUGUGAUGGCUAUGUAAGGAGUCAUGUAUUCAUGCUGCAAAGAGAAGAACAGGGUGAGUGGUUUGGAUACCACCUAAUGAGAGUUGCAUUGUGUCCCAAGCCAGAGAUACAUGAAGUACUGACCUCCCUGUACAUGGGUGUGAUCUGAUAUAAAAGUCAUGUCUUUGUGGUUAAGAUAAGUAGGGUAGCCCUGACUCUAAAGACUGGCAUCUGUACAAGGAAGAGGGAUUUAGAAAUAGACACACAGAAAGAUGAAGGCUGAGAGACCACAGAAACAGAAUGAGUGAUGAUGUAGCUGUGAUCAAGUGAUGCCAAGAACUGUGGAAGACAAGAGUACUCAGGGUAGAUUCUCCCUGAAACUCUAGAAGAAAAACACGUGGCCUUGCUUCUCUUGCUUGCGCCAUUAUUUCAGCCUUCUGGCCUUUAGAACUGUGAGAUAAUACAUGUCAAAGUCCCUGACUAUCUGGUAACUUUUUACAGCACUCUCAGAAAGCUAGUGUAAGAGUUUGUGUAAUCACGGAUGCCACACACGUUUCAUGGACUUGUUUCUUGUUACAGUCUGCACCCUCACAAUGAAAUAAAACUUGGAGAUGCGAAGAACAUUCCAAGUAAUGCUGUCUAGGUUGGGGACACAGAUUUAUUCAGUCAGGAAUCUCUGGCCCUGCGUCAUCCUUAACUCAAAUGUCCAGCCAUCCUUAGCUCAGAUCAAUGAGGUGGGGCCAACCUUGGGAUGAUGGGUGACCAAGGAGUCUGUGAGUUAUGUACUGUCAUUUUUCCUGGGAGGGAGGAACUUUACCCACAGCUAAGCCUAUCUGUGCUAGCUUUCUUUUAACUUGUCUUUUAACCAAAAUAGAAUGGUUCUAUAGUUGUUGUUGUGUGCAUCAGUCAAAUGCACAAUAUGCCAAUGUAGAGGCUGAUGUGCACUCCAAUGAGAAACUUUGAAAUUCAGAUUAUAGUCAACUGUUUCUUGAAA